ACCUAUGGGAAUGGCACACUACCUCUAAUUCCUGAUGGCUAUUUCUCCUCCUACCACUGAGAGGUAAUAAAAGGAAUCUGCAGAACCUCAAGAGCAUUGUUUACACUUGGAUGCUGUUGGGGAAAGACAUCCAGCCAUUGAAGAUUAAGGAUAACUCCAAGGAGUUAUAAUUGUACUAACUUUAUUUUUAGGUUAAUAGCUCCACUAUGAAGUUGCUGAAUGUUGACUUGCUAGUUUUAAGUUUCUGCCUUGGUCUGGGGACAGGAUACAGUGCUGCGGGUAAGCGACAGUAUCAGAUCCAAAAUGGGCCAUGUAGCUACACCUUUCUGUUGCCUGAGCAGGAAAACUGCCAAACCCAGAGCAGCUACAACUAUCCAGUUCAAAAGGAUGGACCCGUGGACGACGAGUCAGCUCAGAGGCUGGAACAACUGGAGAUCACCAUGGAGAACAACACACAGUGGCUUCUUAAGCUUGAGAACUACAUACAGGACAGCAUGAAGCAGGACAUGGUCCAAAUCCAACAGACGGCUGUACACAACCACACAGCUACGAUGAUUGAAAUUGGAACAAACCUGUUGAGUCAAACCGCAGAGCAAACAAGGAAACUGACCAAUGUGGAGGCACAGGUAAUUCAUCAUACAACUCGACUUGAGCGUAGACUUCUUGAAAAUUCCUUGUCAACCAACAAGUUGGAAAAACAACUAAUUGUCCAAACAAAUGAAAUCCACAAGCUGAAUGACAAAAACAGAUUUCUGGAGAAAAAGGUGGGGGAGAUGGAGGAGCAGAGGCAGGGGGAGCUGAAGAUGCUUCGACAAGAAAAAGAGCAGCUUCAGGCUCUAAUACUGAGGCAGACGGCCAUCAUGGGUGAGCUGGAGCAGCAGCUGCUGAAAGUCUCCUCCAACAACACUGUACUGCAGAAUCAGCAGCAGGAGCUACUGGAAACUGUGAACAACCUCAUUCACACCAUCGCUGUCAGCUCAGCUCAAGAGACCAAAACCACUAUGAUGCAGGACACUCCGACCACAUUCAUGGACUGUGCUGCGGUCUUCAAGUCAGGAAACACCCAAAGUGGCGUCUACACUCUAACAUUACCCAACAUCACAACAGAGGCUUUCUGUGACAUGGAGACAGAAGGUGGUGGCUGGACAGUAAUACAAAAACGCUUUGACGGCCGUGUUGACUUUCACCGUACGUGGCAAGAGUACAAAAAGGGGUUUGGAGAAUCGUCAGGUGAAUUCUGGUUAGGAAACGAAUUUGUCUCCAGACUGACAAUUCAGCAGUCCUACAAACUAAGGAUCCAGCUGAGUGACUGGGAAGAAAACUCUGGAUUCUCACAAUAUGACCAGUUUUCUCUUGACAAUGAAGCACAAAAUUACAGGAUACACCUUAAAGGCUACAGUGGGACAGCAGGCAAAAUAAGCAGCAUUGGGCAGCCAGGAAGUCAUUUCAGUACAAAGGAUGCAGACAACGACAAAUGUGUUUGCAAAUGUUCACAACUGACAACAGGGGGUUGGUGGUUUGAUGCCUGUGGUCCGUCCAAUUUAAAUGGGAUGUAUUACCAACAAGGCCAAAACUCAAAUCGCUUCAAUGGAAUCAAAUGGUACUACUGGAAAGGCUCGGGCUACUCACUGAAGUCCACAACAAUGAUGAUCAGACCAGCAGACUUUUCAGGUUCCCUUUGAACUGUUUCUCUCAGAUUAAACAAAGUGGGAAGGAAAUACUGCCUGACAAACAGCAACAAACAACAAAACCAAAAAUAAAACUUCUCCAGGAAGCCAAAGCACUUAAUGAAAAUAUUUUUACAUAACUUUGGAAAGACAUAUUUUGUGCAUGUUUAUGUGUUUUAUAAUUUGAGUCAAAUGGGUGGUUGCAAAAAAUGGUGAAAUAAGAAGAACUGUCAAAAUGUCUCUGACAUAUAUCUACUGAAAAUACUAUGACUGUGGUGUUUAUAGACAACUAUAGGUAUAGUCAUUACAUUGAGUAAUAAUAACAGCUAGCUAACCAGAAUAAAAUGAGACAUUAAUUUAAUUUCUUAAACGAUUUUAAUGUAGUAUAAGCACCCAUUUAACUAUUUUUUGAAUAAUAACCGCCUACGCUAUUGUAAAAUAAAAAAAGAGACUAUGGUACAACAUGCAGAUAAACAACUGGCUCAAACCCAUUGUUAUGUGUUCUGGAAAGCCUAAAUGUAAAUGCAAAUGUAAAAUUGCCACAGAAAAUGUUUCUCCUAAGAUAACAUUGCUUUCUCCAGAGAAUGUAUGUACAUUUGUUGUUUAAUUUAUAUGUAGAUUUUAAGGUUGAUAUUUAACAAAUAUUAUAUAUGAUGGGAGAUUUGCUAUAGAUCUUGAGUGCUAGUUCCUACGUAGUUAACAAUUUCAUUGCACAUAAACACGUAAGAGGAAUUCUUUUAAUAUAAUUCUGCAGUAGCUUCCCAGAUGCACAUACAGGCCGAUUAUCUUUCUGCAGUCUGUUGGGAAUGUAUGUCUUUAUUUAUGUAAUGUCGCUUUUAAAGCUACAACAAGCAGAAUUUAUGGGAAAGUGAGGAAGCUGAAUUUCUCACCAGUAAACACUGGCUUAAGAUUUUUAGUGUUUGAAUGUGAUGUUCUACCAGCUCUUAUAUACCUAAAGUUGAAUUUUAAACACGACCGCAAGGCAGAGAGCUUAAGGCUUUAUCUCUUAGGUCCUUUUCCACAAUUGUCCUGUUCUGCACUAACAAUGAACAGCAUGGUGAAUGCCCUGCCAGUUCACCACAACCUUUUCAGCAAUGUUUAUCAUUUCUAGUACAAAAUAAAAAUUCUACAUGCUC